AUGCCCCCGAGAAAACUGAAUAAAGAUGGCGAGAAGAAGCCCGAGGAGGACGCCAAAUCGAAAAAGCCUGCUGUUUCGGACGAAGAAGUGCGUCAGGAGUCAGGAAAAGCUGCCAACGCUGCGCUCGCAGCUCAAAAGAAGGCCAAGGAACUGCAAGAUGCAGCGGCGGCAGCGGGCGACCCUGACGAGCGACAAAGACUGACAGAAGAAGCUACAAACGCCCAGAUUGAAGCAGAAUCAUUUGGUAAAACAGCAAAAUACCUACGCUCAGGUGCAUUCCAAGGCAUGGCAAUGGGCACAGGCCUUGGUGUAGCCCCGGGAGCCACGUUGGGAGCUAUUACUGGUACUCUAGUUGGAGGCGUUUCUUCAACGCUGCUUGGUGGAUUGGGGGCUGGCAUAGGUGGCGUUACGGGAGCGCUUCACGGGCCGUUCCUGAACAUGGGCAAGGUAGCUGGACAAGGCAUGCGAAAACUAACCGGCUUCCUCCCGGAAUGGGCAGCAAGCGAGGAGCAGAAGAGAGCUUUGGAAAAGAUGGUUGGACAGGUCAACGAGCAAAAGAUGCCUGGCACAGAGGAGCUUGAGAAAUUCCAGAGUGAAGGCGGUGGAGGCCAGCUGGACGAGGGAUGGAUGCAGAGCAUAAAGGGUAUGAUGCCCGACCAAAAGGACAUUUCGGAUGCAGCCAAUGCGGGUGCACAGGCUACCGGUGGCACAUCAGGCCCGCAAACUGGAGACGGCCAGUUUGAUCAGCAACCAGGUGAAGCGUCGACGCACAGAGACGGCAGCCAGGGUCGCAAGAAGCCACGGAAGCUGAACGCAAAGCCAAUUAAUGAGAAACCGUCAGCGGAAACGGACAGCGAUCGUGAGACAGCUGGAGAGAAGCACGAGACGCACAGCCAAGGAGACGCAGAAGAAAGGGAGAAGAGGCUGAAUCAGCGCGAGAAGGAGCUGGACCGCAGAGAAGCCGAGUUACAAGACAGAGAAAGGGCGGUGGCAAAACGCGAACGUGAAUUGGAGUCGAGAUGA